AUGCCCCGGCUGUUGCAGUUGGUGCUAUCGCUCCCCCUCACAGACCCCCACUCCCCAAACCACAAGACCUCCCGCCACCCCCGCCACCCUGAUACCCGUCGAACUUCCUCGACCGCCCCAACCACCCCAAUUCCCCACCCGAUCACCACUCAGCCCCCCCGACCACACACAACGCCAUCAUCCCCUCCCCCCAACGUCCCCACGAACACGACACCCCCCACCCCAACGCCCCCUCCAGCCCACAACACCCCAAACCGUCCUCCCCGGCGCUUAGAUCCCUACCGGAACCCCCUCACCCCACCCCCCCCCCCCCCCCCCCUUGCUCCUUGCUGUCACAGAGAACAAGUGGCGUUUGGAGGAGGCAAGAGUGAGUCUCCGUGGGCCUCGCAGUCCACGGUCUUCAUCCCGUCUGCGGUCUACAACAUCGAGGAAGACAUCGGUGAGCUGUUUGUCCCGGUGAGGAGGAGCGGGGACGUCAGCCAGGAGCUCAUGGUGGUCUGCUACACACACCAAGUGACCGCCACCGGGACCGUGCCCACCACGGUGCUGUCGUACUCGGACUACAUCUCCCGAGCCGAGGACCACCAUAGUCUGCUGCGCUUCGACCGUGGCGAGGAGGAGAAGGCCUGUCGCGUCCUCAUCAUCGACGACUCUCUGUACGAGGACGAGGAGAGCUUCAACGUGAGCCUGAGCACGCCGAUGGGCGGCGGCGUGGGGCGGCGCUACUCCAGCACACGGGUCAACAUCGUGCCCGACAUGGACGACGGUAAGACACGCUUCAUUCAUCUGUUUAUGAACUGUACCAAUGUGUUACGAAAAAGUCCCGUUUCUGCUGAAUGA